ACAAAAUUAUUUUUUGUCUCCAAGUAAUAUGCAAUAUCCUUUUCAACUAAGUGCUGAUGAUUUACCGAUUUGAGAUGAACAAUAGACUUACGGGCAGAAAUGAAAGUAUAAGAAGAAUCAGAACUUGGUUGUUGUUUGGGUUAAGAAACGGCUAAGUUCUAUCAUCCGGAUUAUCGGCCAGGCCCAGCUUAACCCAAUUUGAAAACCACGCGCCAAUAUUUCCCUCCCAAAUAUAAAACACAACCAUCAAAUCGUAUCUAACAAGGGUUUUAGAACCUGCAAGUCACAACUCGGUGAGUCAACAAAUGAGUCACGAAAACGAAGAGACGCUCAUGGAAUUAGAAGAAGAAGAAGAAGAUCCGUUUCUCUCAUUGAUCGAGUACGCAAGGACGGUGCUAUGGCCGGAAGAAGAAGAAGCAAGUGAUUACGAUCCGAAUAUUAUCGGAUCGGAAGCCGGCGGGGCCGGAUGGAGUUGGAUAGCGUCUCGAAUUCUCAAGACCUGUAUUGCUUAUUCGAGCGGCGUCACCGUCGCGAUUCUUCUCUCCGAACUUUCUCAGGUGUGGAAUGAGCAACACAGGCCUGGUGUUCCCAAAAAGAGACCAGAGAUUAUAAAUCAACUGAAAAAGAAGCAUCGGAGAACAAAGCUUUCGAACACUGUCACGAUUGAUUCUAUUUAUGAGAAGAAAUUUUUGUCAUUACAUAGCGCUUUGGAGGCUGUUAUUUUCGAUGUUUUUGUUCUUCCAGGUACGAACAUUUACAUGCUUACUUUAGGGGAUUUUUGGAGCUCCAAUACUAUUGAUCUUUAUCUCCAUCGCAGAUAUUAUGAGUUGGUGGAUCCACACAAUGGGACUUUAAAGAAAGGAAGGGAAAUUUUCCUCACAGGAUGCUAUCUCCGAACUGCCAGAGAAGGCUCUGGUAGUCCACGACUUCUUCCUACUGAAUAUCUUGUGAUAUUGUUAGAUGAGGAUCAGGAUGAUGAUGCGAUUUUGCGGGCUAAAUUUUGUUGUGAUUCUUUCUCUUCUAUUUCUCUUGAUGCGUUCAAUAAUGGGGCUUCUUAUUCAUUGUAUGCAAGGAUUGAAUCCAUUGGAUCACUGGAAAUUCAGGGAGCGUUUGGCAGUUUACAGGGGAAGCAAAUUACACUUGUUGAUACUGAUGGCAUCAGGCUAAAGUUUCUUUUGUGGGGUGAGCAGGUUCUCCUAGCCAAUCUCUUCAGUGUUGGAAGUAUGCUUGCAUUGGAUAGACCAUAUGUUGCAAGGUCUGAAGAGAGUGCUAUAGAAACUGGCGACAAGUUUUGCCUUGAAUAUGGUAGUGAAACACAAUUGUACAUAGUGCCUUUAAUCCAACACGAGGAACAAGUUUGUGUAGCAUUGACACAAAAUAGACAACAAGGGUCAGGGCUGCUAACUGCAGUGGAUCCUAGUCAGGGUCCCAAAGUUUCUCAAGUGACGUUGCCUUGUGAUUCUCAGGGGUCCAUUGACUUCAGUAACUACCCUUUUCAGUUUUUGAUAAGUGACCUUUGUGACAAAAUGACCGGCAUCAGCCUCUAUGGUGUCGUAACAGAUAUUUAUCGUGAACAAAAUACUCCACAACUUAUCUUCUUGAAAAUUGAGGAUAGAACAGGAGCUAUUUGUGCAAAGCUUCACUUUACUGAGUGUUGGUCAUUGGGAAGAAUAGGCCUUGGUCACGUGGUUUAUAUAUCUGGCUUGUCAUGCACUAAGUUGAAACUAAACUGCAUUGAAGUACAAUGGUUUGAGAAGGACGAUAGAGCUUCAUUCGUGAAUCUUAGUUGCUUGCCUGCAUUGUUAAAUUCAUCUUGUCUUCAUAGGUUGUCAUGCCUUUCUAAUCUAGCCGACUCAACUGCCUAUAUGCAUAUAUGCCGAGUUUGGCUAGACCAGGUAGAUCACUGUUAUGUUAAUACAAGAUUUUCACAUGGCCUCUGCGGUCACUUUGUGAACGAAAAGCCUAACGGAGCUUUGGAAUGCAGUUUCUGUUACUGUAAUUGUAAUACUGAAAUUAUUGUUCGCACUUUCCACUUAAAAAUCACCCUUGCUGAUGAGCGUGGUAAAGUUUCUGCAUGGUGUACCGGUCAAACUGCAACAGAGUUACUUCAAAUAUCUCCGGAUGAAUUCUAUGAGUUGCCUGAGGAAGAACAAGUUAUGUACCCCUCGUCACUGGAGAAGGAAAGGUUCAUGGUUGCAUUAGUUAAUUGCAGGAGGCAGGUUGAAGGUCCAACUCUACAGACUCAUGAUGCAUAUUCAUGGGAGAUCACUCAUGCACUGAAAUGCGAAUAGGAGAAUUUUUGAAAAAGCAAUACGCGCAGUUGAUGAUAUGUUGUUACAUGUAGAGCAGGGCAAAUACAAAAGACUUGCUCUAAUCAAGAUCAACCGAAAAUCAAUUAUAAAAUUGAACUGCGUGAUAGUUUUGAAAAACCAGAGCCUUAGUUGUAAUAUACAAAGUUGUAGUGAUGAGAAAUGAAAAUAAAUAAUAAUUAUUUCUGCA